GAGUUCUGAGGCUUGUUUUAUAGAUAACCAUAUACCUGUACUGGUAAUACAAGUCUUUUCAUUUAAGUAUUACAGAGACCAAAGAGAAAACUGUUUUGUGUUCCUGGUAGUAUGGUUACAAUUCUGCAUUGAGUUGUUUUUACUAGUCUAAAAGAUGUUUUCCUGCCUGCUUUACCAGCUGGGAAAAGAAGAUUACAGUGAUUAAAGAGCUGUUUUUCCAAUUACUAAAAGACUUUUUGUAUUUAUAGUAUAAUAUAUACUCAUUUAAAAUCUGAUGUAACAUGUGCAGUUAUAAAUUCUCUGUGAUGAAUGUGAUCAUUAUGUAUAUCUAAAAUGUACUAAUAAAAUCUGAUUGAAGAAAAAUAAUACAGAAACCUAAAAAGAGUAAAGCAAUAAAUAUCCAGAAGCUGUUUCCCUCAGAAAUAAGCAACACUUGAUAACGUUUGAUUAAUACUCCAGGUAACUCUCAUGUAGAUUUAGUAGAAGAUUAGAUGGAUGGCUAGAAAAAUGAAUUGAGUUUUUUUAAGGAUAGUGCAUUAGCUUUCCUUCAUGUGACAAAUAUACAAGACAAUGAAAUUGCAAGAAGAAGAGGUUUAUUUUGGCUCACAGUUUCAGAGGCCAGUGUUUGACCAUGGUCAUUGACCUGUUAUUUUUGGACCUGUGCUAAGGCAAUACUAUAUAUCAUGGUGGAGCAUAGAGCAGAUAAAAUGGCUUGGCUCAUGAAAGCUGGAAAGUAGUAAAGAGAGGAAAAGAGACUAAGUCCCGGUAUCUCCUUUAGUGGGUUCACAGCCCCAUUGCCCUGACUUUUUCCCAAUAGGGCCCCCUCUUAUAGUUUCUACCACCUCCCUGUAAUACCACAGGCUGGCAAACCAAGCCUUGAAAUGCGGGCUAUUGGAGAGACUCUUACAUAACCCACCUCAAAUAGGGUUAUCUUGAAGUUUUAUAAUUAAUGUACUUAUUUGAAUUUAUUAAAGCUAAAAUACAGUUUUAAACAUAAUACUGAUAAGUUGAAAUAUAUUAAGGUUUUGAAUCAUAACAUGAAAAUUAAAAUAUGGUUUAAUUCAGCCAGGUGUAGUACACCCUUGUAACCCCAGCAUUUGGAAGGCUGAGGCAGAAAGAUUACCUCAAAUUCAAGGCCAGCCCUGGGCUGCAUACUGACUUCGAGACCAGCCUGAACUACAUAGCACAACCCACUGUCUCAACUCCCCCUCAAAUUACAGGCGUGUGUGUGUACACGCACACACAUGCACACACAAUUUUUUUUUAAAGUUUUACUUGAAUAAAGCAUAACAUAAAGUAAAACUAAGAACUGAGUCUGGAGCUUGGCAUGGUGACGCACACCUGUAAUCCCAGCACUAGAAAGGCUGAGGCAGGAGAAUCACCAUCAGUUCGAGGCCAGCCUAUGCUACAUAGUGAACUGAACAGCCUGAGCUACAUACUGAGACCCUGUCUCAAAAACAACAACAAAAGCUGCUGAGUCUUACAUGUUGUUUUAAUUUUAAGAAUUCUUGAAAGAUCUAAGAACAGGGCCAGGGAUAUAGUUCAGUGGCACAAGGUUCUGAAAACGUAAGGACAAAAAAUACUAAAUUAUUAUAAAAUUGAGCUUACUGAGAUCUAGAGUAUGACUUGACCCCUUGCUUUGAUAAAUAAUUCUCUCUCCCUCUUCUCUGCUAUUUGUCACUUGAAUUUUGAUGUUUGUCGUUUUACUUUCAGAACCAUUGCUGCCUUUUUUCCUUCUCUUUUCCAGUCUUAAUCCUAUAUGUAGUUGGAUUCAACGCUUACUCUUAGUUCUUUUUAAUUUAUCUAUUUCAUUAAAUGCUUCUCGACUUAUCAUUGUUGCAUAAAUAUGUUUCAUACUACUUGACACAGAGAGAUUUAUAAUUUAAACAGAUUUUUAAAUGAUUUGUAACAAAAAAUGUCAGGAAAACACAACCAAGGCAGUAAUAUCAUUUGAUCCCAGGAAUUUGAGACCAGACUGAGCUACACAGCAAGAUCCAAUCUCAAGAAGAAAAAAAGAACAAUUAAACAACGACAAAGGAAUUCUGUCAUUUGCUAUUAGAGUCUUAUUUUGUUGUUAAAUGAGAGUUUGUUUCAAUUUGAUUAAAGAAGGGCCAGGGACUUAGCUCAGUGCCAUAAGUGCUUGCCUGAUGAGCGCAAGGUCGUGAGUUCGUUCCCCAGUACCAAAAAAACAAAAAACAAAAAAUCAAUUUGAUGAAAGAUAUAGAUUCUUAGUGUUCAGUGUCUUCGACAUUUCUCAGAAAGAUAUUUGUAAGUGCAAAACUGGACAGAAUUUUUUAGGUGUCCAUGUGGUUUGGCUCCACAAUUUUCCUCUGAUUAAAAAGGGAUUCUGAGCUCAAAGGGAGACUAACACUAAUGGCAUCAUCAGUGUCUUUUUUUUUUUUUUUUGUCUUUUUGAGACAAGGGUCUCUCUAUGCAGUUUUAGGCUAGCCUUUAGUUCACUUUGUAGCCCAGGCUGGUCUCAAACUUGCAAUGAUCCUCCUGCGUCAGCCUCCUCCUGCUUCAACCUCUGGAGUGCUGAGAUUAUAGGCAUGAGCCACUACACUCUACUUUUUUUUUGGUGCCGAAGUUUUACAUUUUUUAAAGGUAGAAUAAAACUUAUCAGAGUUAGUUUGGGCCAAGUAAAAGUAAAGAAAAGGGAAAAAAAUAUAUUCUACAGGGUAGGGUGGGAUACCAUGAAGAGAUCCAGUAGCCUGUUCUUUAUGUAGGAUUUUCUAUACUGUAUCUGUACACAUUUCCUGUUUAUUUGUUUUGUCUUUUACUUUAAUGACUCCAGUUAUUAUUCAGAUGUCGACUGGUAUUUUUUUAUCCGUGAUAGCUAAAUUCUAGCUUCUGGAUGCAUAACGCUGCUUGUUUUGUUUCAUUUUGGGGGGGUACCAAGAAUCAGAACUCUCAACCUUGUGAUUGCCAGGUAGGCACUUGUGCCGCUGAGCUUAAAGCCCUGUGUUUUGUUUUUGAGACAGGGUCUCACCAUAUAGUUCAGGCUGUCCUUGAAUUUAUUAUGUAGUCUAGGCUGGCCUCAAACUCACGGUGAUCCUCUUCUCUCAGCUUCCCAAAUGCUGGAAUUACAGCAUGUCUUGCUUUCCCUGGAAUGUUGUUUCUUUUUUUGUUUUGUAUUGUUUUUGAGGUAAGAUCUUACUAGGUAGUUCAGGCUGGCUUUGAGCUCACUAUGUAGCCUAGACUAGCCUCCAAUUUUUGGCGACAAACCUGCCUUAACCUCCAGAGGGCUAGGAUUAUAGGCAUGAGCCACCAUACCUGGCUGUUUAUUAUUUAUUGAUUUUUGUUUAUUAUUAUUGAUAUCAAUAAUAAUAUAUUUAUAUUAUAAAAAUCAGUAAUAUAUAAGAUAAAUGGUUAUUGUUUUUUAUUUUUUUAAAAAAUGUAUUAAAUUAGCACUCUUUUUAAAUUGUUGGGGUUUUUUGUUUUUUGGUAGUACAGAUUGAAACCAGUCUUACAUAUGUUAGCUCUAUCACUGAACUAUAUCACAGCCCUUUUUAUUUUGUUUUGAGAUAGAUUCUUGUUAAAUUACCCAGGUUAGAUUCCAACCUGUGAUCCUUCUGUCCUCAGUCUCUUGAGCAGCAAAGAUUUCAGGUAUAUAGCACCAUACCUGGCUUGUUUUGAUUUGUAAUUUGAUUCCUCAGCUCCAUUAUUCACUCAUUUCCCCUUUUUUUUUUUUUUUUUUUUUGGUCUCUUUGAGACAGGGUCUCACUGUGCGGUUCAGGCUGGCUUUGGCCUCAUUUUGUAGCCCAGGCUGGUCUCGAAUUUGCCACAAUCCACAUGCCUCAGCCUCCUAAGUGCUGGGAAGCCACCACACCUGGAUUCAUUUCCUAUUUUAUCAUUGUGAGCUGGACGUGGUGGCGCACACCUAUAAUCCCAGUACUCACGAGGUUGAGGCAGGAAGAUUGUUGUGAGUUCAAGACUACCUAGGCUACAAAGUGAGCUCAAGCCUGGCCUGACCUGCGUAGCGAGACUUUGUCUCAAAAAGAACAAAAACAAAACAAAACUAUUUUAUCAUUAUGUUUGGCUUUUGACUUGUAGUCAACUUUUUAGAAGUGUCAAAAAAGUGUCAAGCAGUCAGUUUCUGGAGUUCAUGAACUGUGUGUUUUUUUUUUUAUUUUAAAGAUAAUAAAUCCCAACAAAAUAGAAUAAAGCCAAUCAAAACAAAGCAGUGAAAUUGGUACAGAACUUUGAAGCAGUAUAAUAGGAAAUCAACAAUGACUACCAUAGUAUUUCUUGUUAUCUUCACAGUAGUUGUCCAUUCCAUUAGACAUAGUAAAAUCAAAUCAAACAAAACAGGAUAAAACCAAUGAAAAUAGAACAUUGAAUAAAAUAAAACAGUAAAUCAGAACAGAACAAAACAAAACAGAGGAAACUAUAUUGGAUUUCAAAAAUAGGAUAGAAAUCCCCGUAUUUGCCACACUGCAUACUGUUAUCUUCCUGAUAGAUGCUCAGACCAGCGGCCCCAGGUUUACAAAGUCAACCAAACAGUUGAAGCAUUCAUUUGUCUUUUUGUAUCUCAGUUGCUAUCAAUUCAGCUUGUCUUCAGAACCAGCUGGUUGCUUACAGGAGAGUGGGAAGGAUUCUUGAUUCUCAGCCUGCACACCAGUAUGCUCAUGGGAAGUGCUUCCUGGUUUUUCUCUUUCUGAACCCUGCAUGGCUUGCGUGUGCGGUUUACCAGAGGAUUCAGUUUGCUUCUUCUUCUUGAUGGUCUCUGCACAGACCCAGCAUGUCUCCUGCUGAUUCAUGGGAGGCACUUUGUGGCUUCUGUCUUCCUGGGCCCCGCAUAGCUUGCUUGCGUGGCUAACCAGAACAUCUUUGUGUGUGUUUUUGACAGGAAAUUUUUGUUUUCUUUUCAGUUAUAUCCUUUAGACUGGGCAUGGUGGCACACGCCUAUAAUCUCACUGUUUGGGAGACUGGCAAGAGGAUGGCUGUGAGUUAGAGGCCAGCCGGGACUCCAUAGUGAGUUCAAGGCCAGCCUGUACUACAAAGCAAGACCCUGUCUCAAAAAAAAAUCCCAACAACAACAACAAAAUGAAACAUGUUCUUUAAACGUGUUUAUAUAGUAUUUUACUUUUUUCAUUAAGUAAAAAUAUGUGCAGAAAUCUUAAAUUAUGAUGACCUAAUUGCCACACCUUUUAUUUCUAUUUUGUUUGAGAGCUUUGACCAAUAGCCAGUGGAGAUUAAAGAGGUAAGGAAUUAGGUUAAGAUAGUCCUUAUUGGGUUUGGCUCAAGAGCAUGGGUGGUAUCAUGUAUUAUGGCCUAUUCCCAGAAUUCUCAGUUACCAUAUUUUCAUGAAUGUUGCUUGCUCCCCCAGUACAAUAUAGCAUUCUUGAAGGUGGUAAUCCCCUGUGACCCUUUCUAUUUCUGCCAAAGGCUCUGGGACAGAAUGAUGGUCUAUUAUCAUUUCUUUUAAUACAAAAUACUGGGCAAGUAGUGUAAUUGCCUAGCAUACAUAAGGCCCUUGGUUCAAUUCCCACCACUGCAAGUGGGGGUUGGAGAGGCACGCAGAGGGCGGGCACCUAAAUACCUGCAUACUGAGGGAAUAAGAGUUUUUGUUUUUUAAUUUUUUCCUUUGAGCCUCCCCCACUGCACCACCCCAGCUCAAAUGGUAAUGCCAUUUUACUUUCAUAAGGAACUCCGUACUGUUUACAGUUGUGAUACCAACUUACAUCAUCACCAAUGAUGUACAGUGGGUUGCUUUUCCCUGGACCCUUGCCAACACUUUUUAUUUAAUUAUUUAUUUUUUGAGACAAGGUCUUGCUAAGCAGUUCAGACUGGCCUUGAACUUACUUUGUAGCCCUGGCUGGUCUUGAACUUGCAUCAAUCCUUGUGGCUCAGCCUUUUGAAUGCAAACAUUACAGACAUGAGCCACCGAGCCCAUUUUAGCACUUGUCCUUUUUAUGAUAGUCAUUCUAACAGUUAUAAGGAGAUAUAUCCCUGUGGUUUUAAUUUACAUUUGUCUGAUGAUUAGUAAUAUUGAGCGUUUUUUGAAAGCCUUGUGCCUUGUAUGUCUUUUUAGGAGUGCCUAUGCAGGUCCUUUGCCCAUUUUUUAAUUGUGUUAUAUUCUUGCUUUUGAGCUACUUCUAUUUCAUAUACAUAUUGUAUUUUAAAAUUCACUUUAAAAUUAUCAUUUUUCUUUACUAGAGUAAAAAGCUUUAUAAUUAAUUGACUUCAAUAAAAUUUAUGUUAUGAAUAUUAGCAUCUAUAAUUUGUGCAUAUUUUCUCUCAUUUUGUAGAUUGUCUUUUCAUUCUGUUGCUUGUUUCCUUUGCUGUGCAAAAGCUUUUUAAUUUGAUGCAAUUCUAUUUAUCUAUUUUUGCUGUUGUUGCCUGUGCUUUUGUGGUUUUGUACACAAAGUUUUUUGCCCCAGCCAUACUUAGGAAACUUUUUCUUGUGUUUUUGUCUAGUAGUUUCAUAGUGGUAGGUCUUAUAUUUAUGAGUCUUUAAUCCAUUUUUAGUUAAUUUUGUAUGUGGUCUGUAACAAAAGUCUUGAUUUCAUUUUUCUACAUACAGAUAUGCAGUUUUCUCAAUAUCUUUUUAUUGAAGAGACUGUUCUUACCCAAUGUGUUCUUACCCAUGCCUUUGUGAAAAUCAGUUGGCUUGAAAGAUCUUAUUCUUGAGAGUUUUUUUUUAUUUUCCUCAGAGGUGCCUACUUACAAGUUUGAUCUACUUGCUGCAAACUAUAGGGCAUAAGUUAACAUUCUCUGCAAUGUAUUUACUCACUUUUUGUUACUACUCUUCCUAGUGAAAAAAGGUGUGUAUUGGUCAGUAGCUCUACUACUCUACAUCAGAAUCUUCUGUUUCAUAUUCUUUAUCUCACCCAACGUCUUAUAUCACCGUGCUUUGAGUUUCUUAGAUCAAAAUUUGUUUGGUUUUAGUAGGAGAUUUUUAGCUGUUUCCUAAUUCCUCUCCCACAUACAUUUUGCAAUUUUUAGGGGCUGGGGAUUUAGCUCAGCGGCAUAAGUGCCUGCCUUGCAGUCGUGAGUUCGAUCCCCUGUACCGAUAAAAAGGAAAAAGACAUACAUUUUGCAAAUUUUAAUUAUUGGGAGAAGAACAUUGUGUUAUUACUUUAUUCCACUGUUUUUAUUUAAAAGUUCUCAAUUACUAUUAACAAGGGAAAUAUAAAUAGCAUGUAUGAAAGCAGUUUAUUUUAGAUAGAAAGUAGAAGUGAUGGUUGAUUCUACAUACUCUACCCCACUUGCGGAGUUGACUCUGUAGGGAAUACUUUUUAUUUGUUUGUGCCAAUUUCUGAAACCACUUUUUUGCUACUAAACACAUGUGACUUCUCCAGCUACUGAGAAAGCAGUUGUAGCUUUAUGUGCUCUUUUUAGUGUUUUUAAGCUUCAGAAAGAAGAGGAUGGACUUGGAAUAUCACUUGGGGAUUAAGUGCUUACCUAACAUGUGAUCCCCAGAACUGCAGGAGUUGGGGGAGGCUGAAUGUCACCGGCAAUAUCAGUAAUCCUAACAGUUGGAAAGCUAAGGCAGUAGGAUUGUGGGUUCCAGACUGUCUUGGGUUACAUACCAAGUUUGAAGAUAGCCUGGACUACAUAGAGAAGCCGUGUUCCUUCCCCAAAAAGAAAUGAAAGAAAAUAGAAAAGACAACCAGUUGCCAUUCCCCCGCUGUUCUGACCCUCACACAUAUAAAUGGUGUACUUAGUUCUCAAGACCAGUAUAAAGAGUGCCUUAUUGUGCUCACUGUGUGCUUUUUGUUUAGUUUUCUUUUGUCUUUUUAACUUUAUAUAAGAAUAUAUCAAUAAAAUACACAAACCUUAAGGUGUACACUUUGAUUUUUUUUUUUCUUUUUUGGAACGAAGAAUUAAAUUUAAGACCUGUGAUUGCCAGGCAGGCGCCUUGAUGCUGAGCUAUACUCUUGAUCCUGCACCUUGGUUUUUAACUCAAACACGCAUACCCACAAAACUACCACCCAAGUUGAUAUAUAGAAUAUUUAAGAAUCUCUGGAGGCGCAGGGCCAGGGAUUUAGCUCUGCAGCGUUAAGUGCCUGCUUGGCAAAUGCAAGGUCGUGAGUUCAAUCCCCGGCACCAAAAAAAAAAAAAAAAAAAAAAAAAACCCAAGAAUCUCUGGAGGCUCCCUUGUGCCCCUUGCCAGUUUGUAUUAACCUAGCCUACCAGAAGUAAUCAUACUUCUCUGAUCUCUUAACUACCAUAGAUUAGUUUUUUUGUUUCUUCUUUUGGGGUACUAGAAAUCCAACCUGGGGCCUUGCACAUGUUAGAAGGUACCCUACCACUCUACACCCCCAGGCCUAGAUGAGUUUUCUUAUAUUGAAUUUCAAGUAAAUGAAAUCACAUAGUAUGUCAUAUUUUCUGUCUAGAGUCUUUUAUCAACAUGACUGUGGGAUUCAUCCUAUUUUUAUUUUUGGGAGGGAAUUUGUCCUUCUAAAAAUAUUUUUUUCUUUUUCAUUGCUGUAUGUUCCAUUGUAUAAAUUUACUAUAAUUUAUUUGCUGUCCUUUUCAUAGGCAUUUAGUUUUGUUUGGGACAGUUAUAAAUAAAGCUAUGUGCUUUUUUGUUUUCUUAUAUUCUGUUUAUUAAAAUGACUCUUGAAAUGGAUUUGGAAAAUAAAUAAAACCAGAUAAAACUUUUGAAAGAAAAAAAUAAAUGCAAUGACUUUUGGGUUUUGUUUUUGGUUUUUGAGGCAGAUUCCACUGUGUAGUUCAGACUAGCCUUGAACUCACUUACUAGCCCAGGCUAGCCUUAAACUUACAGCAGUCCUGCCUCAGCCUCAUGAAUGAUGGGAUUACAGGUAUAUACCACCAUCUCUGACCUAAAAUAACUUUUGGUGAAUGAAGCUAUGAGUUGGAGGCCAACCUGGGCUGCAAAGUGAAUUCAAGGCCAGUCUAAACUACAUAGUGAAAACCUAUCUCAAAAAAAAAGGAGUAUGUUUUGCACUUAGUAAAUGCUUAGUAAAAAUUAACUAAUAUUAUUGCUUAGACUUCUUGGAGCAAUUUUAUCAGUAUUUUAUGAACCCUGAUGAAGAGUCUGUAACAGAGUAAAAUCUCUUAUUGGCAUUUUAAAACUCAACUAGAUUUAUUACUGACAUUUGAAAGAUCAUGUGUGCAAUUCAUGACCUAAUUUUGUGUCAAAGUGGAAAACUGCAAGGCAUUGAAACACUAAUUGUAGAGAACUUGCUAGUAUUCUGCAAAGGACAAUUUAUAUGUUCUCGAUGUAUUUUUAUAUUGAGACCUUAAAAAUUUUAUGAAAUACAUGUUUCUUAGAGUAAUGAAGGACUUCAAACUGUGGAGCUGAAAAUAUACCUACCUCCUAGACAAUUUGUAUUCAAAAUAAGUAAUUUGAUUCAUUAUUAUGGUCAGAAAAUAAUACAUUUAGAACAGCCUGCUUAUUUUACACGGGGAUUCACUGGGAUAAAUCAGACAGGUGUGCUUUCAUGAAGUUUAUAGUCUAGUGAGAAUUGAAGAUGAGAUAUAUAACAAUAAAGUGAUAAAGUUUUGAUGGUGGAAAUUGAGAUAUCUAUCAUCAUAACAAGAGAAUUGAAACUCAGAUGAGGGGAUCAAACUGUGCAGUAUUUAUUUGAAGGCAGUUCCUAGCUAAUUUAAACAGUAUUAUCCAGAGAAAAGGUGGAUACCGAGGAGAAAGGGAAAAGAGCACAGCAAAGAGUUUAGAGCUUCCAGUAGCUGUUAGUCACAUGUGGCUGACUGUGUGAUUCAAUGAUAGAGUAUAUGCUUAGCAUAUUACAGGCCUUUUGUUGAGGCUUUAGCACCAGAAGUGGGAGGGAGAGGAAAACUACAUUUAAGUCAAGGUAUAAAUUAGACUUCAUCAACAUUGGCACUUUUAGCUUAUUAAAAGUUAUAAAAAGGAAAAAAAAUUUACUAACCAUCUUUGUUCUAGAUCUUGAAUCUAGAAUGUUAUAAAGAUUUCUCAAAACUCAACACUAAGAACUGGGGAUUUAGCUCAGCGGCAUAAGCGCCUGCCUUGCAAGUGUGCCGACGUGAGUUCGAUGCCUGGUACUGAUAAAAAAACGAAAAAGACAAAAAAAAAAAAAUGUUGGUGGAAAUGUAAGAUGGAAUAGUCACUCUGAAGUACAGUUUGUCAGAUUCUUUAAAAAGUGAACUUGCACUUUCCACAUUACUCAGAAAUCUCAUUUCUUUGCAUCCAUUACAGAAAAAUAACCAUUUGCAUAAUAACCUAUAUAACAUCAUUCAUAAGAAAUUUAUUUUUGGUACUGGAGAUUGCCAGAACUUUGCAGUGCUAAGCAAGGACUCCACCACUGAGUAGUAUUCCUAUUUCCCUGUUUUAAAAUGUUUAAAUUUUGACACAAAGUUUUGUUAAAGUUGCUCAAGUAGGUCUCAUGCUUAGCAUCCUGUUUCCUCAGCCUUCUGAGUAGCUGGAUUAUAGGCAUGCAUCACCACACCUGGCUGCAAUUUUAUUUUUAAAGGUCAAAAUUAGAAACAGCCUGACAGGCAUCAUAGUGCGUGCAUGUAAUUCCAGCACUUAGGAGGCUAAGGCAGAGGGAUCACAGUGAGUUCAAGGCCAGCCUGGGCUACAUAAGUGAGUUCAAGGCCAUCCUGCACUACAAGCGAGACCCUGUCUCAAAAAAAUAGAAAAAAAACAACCCAAAUGAAUGAAUCAACAAUUGGUACAUCCAUACACUACACUAGCAUACAAAAAUUAAAGGAACAAACUAUAUGUGCAACGAUUAUAUACUGUCUGAUUCUAUUUAUAUAAUUUAAUAUGACAAAAACCACAGAAAUAGAGAAUAGCCAGGUAUCAGAGACAGGUUGAGGGGUGUAAAGGAAUAGCACAGGCCAGUUUAUUUGUGGUGAUGGAAUGGUUUUUAUAUCUUUUGUUUUUUGAGACAAGGUCUCACUGUGUAGUUCAGACUAGCCUUGAACUUACACUGUGUAACCCAGACUUCUCAGACUUACUAUAUAGUGCAUGCUGGUGUCAAACUCAGCCUCUUGAAUGCUGGGAUUACAGAUGUGUAUCACUAUACCUGGCUAGUGCUAUAUCUUGAUUGUGGUAGUGACCUAAAUUUUUAUAUGAAAUGAAGUUUAAUAAAACCGAAGACACAAAUGAAUAUAUAUAUAAAUUGUAAACACUAAGAUCUAUUGUAUUGUUAAUACUAUCUUGUCAAUUUCCUAGUGUUGAUAUUUUUACUACAGCUCAGUACUCUAGGUACAUAUUGUAUUAUACUUUGGGGAAGCUAGGCGCAAGAUACAUGAGACAAUAGUACAUACACUAUUUUUGGAACUUCCUUUAAGUAUAAAUAUUUAAGAAUUACAGCUGGGGCUUAUAUCUCAGCAGCACAGUACCUACCUGUUGGGCUCAAGAUUGUAAGUUCGAUUCCUAGUACAAAAAAAAUUACACAAACCUUGUAUUAAACAAAGGUAAGAAAAAAUAAACAAAGGGAAGAUUUAUUGAGGGUUUUUUGGGGGGUAGGGGGAAGGGGGAUCAAAUCCAGGAACAUGUAUGCUAGGCAAGUGCUCUGCUCCUGAGUUUCAUCUCCACCCAAGACAUAAAUAUUUUGAGUCUUACCCUGAAAAUAACUGAAGUUUGAAAAAUGAGGUUUGUGAUUUUUUGUUUUAUUUUUAGACUUUGUAUUUUAUAUGCCAAGAUCCAUUUCCUAGGUUUUCAUUUUAGUUGUUGUUUUAUAGUAUUGGGGAUUAAACCCAGGAUCUCUAUCUACACUGAACUACGUCCCCAGCCCCUUUUUUUUGUUUUGAGACAGGGUCUUGCUUGGUUGUCCAUGCUGGGCUCAAACUGUUGAUACUCCUGUCUCAGCCUCCCAGAGUGCAUUCUUCUGAUUUUUGUGGGGGGUUUUGUUUUAUUUUGAAACAGUGUUUCACUAUGCAAUUCAGACCAGCUUUGAAUUUAUUUUGUAGCCCAGGCUGGCCUCAAACUCACAGUGAUCCUCCUGCCUCAGCCUCACAAGUCUGGGAUUACAGGCGUGCACCACCACACCCAGCCUCAUAUUUUUAUAUGAUAUUAUAGGUGCACUUUCAAACAAUUUAUGUAAGUUUAAUUUUGUAUUUUUUGUAUCUCUACAGUGUUUUGUCAUCUUUCUAGUAUAUUCAGAUCCCUACAUUCCCUCCCCAAUUAAUUUAGCAGAACUGAUUAAAUGAUUUUUUGGGGGAGAUACUAGGAAUUGAACUCAGGUUCUUACACUUAACAGGCAGGUGCUUAUGCUGCUGAGCUAUAUCCCUGGCAAGAACUGAUGAUAGUAUUGCUGUUUAUUGAAGUUGCCAUAUUGUCCCUUAUAAUGACCUUCAAGCUUUAACCCUCCAGCUUUAAAUUAACUUGUGCUAUGAAAAUAAUACAGAAACAUAGUAAGUAGACUUGCUUACUUCUACAAACAAAGGGUACUCUGAAAAGAAGUAUACUAGUACUAGGUGGAAGUUUCUAGAGAAUAGUUUUAAUACUAGGAUUAAUUUGUUUAUUACCUAGAUAACAUAAAUGCUUUUCUAGAAAUGGAAUGGGAUAAUAGUCUAAUUGAUUUGAUCUGUCUUUAAUUGAGAUACUGAAGAGUAACCCUAUUUUUCUUAUGCUCUACUUGGAGUGGUGGAUGUUUGUUAAAAUGUUAUGAAAUAUAUAUUCCCACUGAAAUCUUAUAUGUAUGGUUACUUUCCUUCAACAGUAGUUUAUCUAUAUGUAUAUGGACAGGUAGCUUAUUUUUUUGCCAAGGUGAUAUAAAUAUAAGGCAUUUAAUAUGACUAGGAUGCUUUAGUAUAUAGUACUUACCAGUGUGUUAUGUAAUAUUUGGAUAAGAGAGGCAGCAGUAACGUUUUUAAGUAGCAUUUUCUUUCUUUCUUCUUCUUCUUCUUCUUCUUCUUCUUCUUCUUCUUCUUCUUCUUCUUCUUCUUCUUCUUCUUCUUCUUCUUCUUCUUCUUCUUCUUCUUCUUCUUCUUCUUCUUCUUCUUCUUCUUCUUCUUCUUCUCUCUCUCUCUCUCUCUCUCUCUUUUUUUUGGUACCAGGGAUCAAACUCAACCGGCGCUUGUAAGACAGGCGCUUAUGCCACUGAGGUAAAUCCCCGGCUUAAUUAGUAUUUUCUGUUGUAUAUUUAACUGCGUCUUUGGUCAGCUACUUUAGUGUUUAUAAGUAUUUAAAUAAUGAUUGAGUUAUUUUGUCCCACUUAAUUGUACUCUUUGAUUCCAAAAAAUUCAUUCAACAAGAGAUGGAUGUCUAUAAUGUGCUAGACCUGGUAGUAGGCUCUGGGGAUAAGAAUACUGUCCUCUUCACAGUGUUUAGAAGCAAGUGGUAAAGUUUUUGCUGUUUCUUCUACCAUUAGAUGAACAGUUGACUUCAUACAGUAAUUUGAACAUCAGCUGGGAGUGUUGGCACACACCUGUAAUCUCAGCACUCAAGAGACUGAGGCAAGAGGAUUGCUGCAAAUUCAAAACCAGCAUGGGGUACAUAGUGAGAUCAAGGCCAGGCUGAACUGCAUAAUCAAACCUUGUCUCCAAAAAUCAAAAUAGUAAUAGUAAUUUGAACAUGUAAGAGCAAAGUUAUUGUAGAAAAGAAUGACUAAUCACUUACUAGCCUUGUAUUUGGGGAAGUUACUAGUCAUUCUGAACUCUUAAUUCUUCAUGUCGAAUUGUUUCCAUCACAUGAAUCCUACCAUUACAGAAUUAUCGUCAGGUGCGGUGGCUCAUGCCUGCAGUCACAGUGCUUGGAAGACUGAGGCAAGAGGAUCACUGUGAGUUCAAGGCCAGCCUGAAUUACAUACCAAAAUUUUGUCUCAAAACAAAGAAGAAAAAAGUUUUAAAAAAAAAAAAAAGCAAAUAUUUUGUAAUAUCGCUUUAUUAACCUGAAAUAAAAAUUCAAAGGUAAUAUAAUUGAGAAGUAUGUUUCACAAUGAAAAGUCUUCCUAGUGACUGUGAGGGGCACAGUGAAAUCAUCAAUUACACCUGAAUAGAAUUCGAGGUUAGCCUAUACAAAGGCAGAUAUUGAUCAGCAACCUACAUUCUGUGAAUGCCAUUUUUGGCAGUGACAUGAUUUUCUGAAAUGGUGAGCUCUUUAUAAGGUAGUGGUAUUCAUGAAAAAUUCAUUUGUGUUCCAUAGAACCAAAAAUUUUGCAUUUAUAUGUACGAAGGACUUUUUUCUAAAUUCAUAAAGUUAGCUUUAUAUAUGAAUAUCUGAUAGGAUGUUCUGGAAUUCUAUGUAACAUUGGCUUAGUCCUUCACUUUAAAGAACAUUGUUUGUUCUUUAAAGAACUGAAGAGGAAUUUGAUACUUUGGCCUUUGUUCAUUAAGUGUUUAUAACGUACUUUACUCAUCAUAUUGGUAACAAAAAUGCAGAAUACUCCCCACAGUCUUCUGUGCAGAAUGUUAUACUGCCCAGUUAAGAAAUAAUGGUCUAACCGGGUAUGUUAGCCCGCGUUUGUAAUCCUAGUACUUGGGAGGGUGAGGUAGGAGGAUCUCUGUGAAUUCAAGGCCAGCCUAGGAUACACAGUAAGUUUAAGGGAAGCCUGAACUACAUAGAGAAACCCUGUCUCAAAAACCAGAAAAACAAAAGAAAAAGAAAAAACAAUAACGUUCCAGACUAGAGCUAUCAAACUGUGGCUUUCUAGGCCAAAACUGAACCUCCAUGUGUUUUAUAUAACUUGUUGCUAGUAAUCAUUUUUACAUUUUACAUGACUGGGGAAAUCAAAUAUUCAUAAGAUUUUUUUAGGGACACAGCCAUACUUAUUUCAUUUAUGUAUUGACUUCUGUGUUACUGUAACAGCAUUAAGACAGAGAACAUAUGUGACCUUCCCGUUGCUCAGGACAGAGCAGGUCACAAACAGUGAUAUCAUUAAAACUCAAUAAUGUUUCAAGUUCCACUAGCAUUGCUGUACUAGGACUUUUAAAAAAUAAUCAGUGCCGGGGCUGGGGAUUUAGCUCAGUGGCAUAAGCACCUGCCUUGCAAGCAAGCAGUCGUGAGUUCGAUCCCUGGUACCGAUAAAAAGGUUAAAAAAUAAUAAUAAUAAUCAGUGCAAACUCAUUUCAAAUAGGAAGAAGAGUAGAUACCAUUUUUUUUCAAGGCACAGUGUACUAUGUACUAUCCUGUUAUCAAGUUAGACAGCAAAACAUUGUGUUUAUUGUGUAGUAAAAGUGUGACUAGUCUAAAAUAUCUAUUACCUUGACUACAGUACAUUGUUGUUUGUUUGGGAUUUGUUUUGUCUUUUUGAGAUAAGGUCUCACCAUGCAAUUCAGACUGGCUUUGAGCUUUGUAGCCAAGGUUGUUUUAGAACUCACAAGGAUCUUCCUGUCUCCACCUCCUGAGUGCUGGGAUUAGCAGGGUGGGACUGCAACAUGAAUACACUGACAGUAUUGCUGUAUCUCUCCCUAAACCUGUUCUACAUCAGUAACUUCACUUUGUUUGCUUGUGAUGCCAUCAUUCUCCUGGAUACUGAAGCUCAGAACUUUUGUCUUGUUUUUGCUAUUAUUUUUUAUGUAGUCACUUAUAGAAAUAUCUUUAGAAUCUCAGACCAGUUUUAUUGUAUUCAUCUCCUUUUGUUCCUUUCUUUUCUUCCCUUCUCUUUUUCUUUCUUUAUUUUUUAGAUUUUUUGAGACAGAGUCUUCUCUGAAGUUCAGGCUGGCCUCAAACUCAUAGAAAUCCUGCCUCAGCCUUAUGUUCCUCAAUUAUUAGUUCUACUGCCACCCUAUUUUAACCUUUUAGUACUAUGAUUUUUGUGUUUCCUGUCUCUUGGUGAAUUUGUGACUUCGUCAUUUUUCUACUUUAUAAAGCUUUAAUUUUUAUCAUUUACUUGCCUGUAUUCUGUAUUAUUAAGAAUAGAUUUUUGGGGGGCUGGGGAUUUAGCUCAGCGGCAUAAGCGCCUGCCUUGCAAGCAGGCAGUCGUGAGUUCGAUCCCUGGUACCGAUUUAAAAAAAAAAAAAAAAAAAGAAUAGAUUUUUGCCUUUCAAGACUUCUUUAAUCCCUUAAAAUUUGACAUAUUCCAGGAUUGAUGGUACGUGCCUAUAAUUUUAGCCUCUUAGAAUGAUGGGAUUUUGGGAUUGCAGACAUAACCAUCAUCUCUGGCCCACUUGGUUAUUUUUUAUUUUGAAGGUAGUAAAAUACAGCAGAACAAGACAGAACAAAGCCAACUGAGACAAUGCAGUGAAAUGGUACAGAACUUCAUAGCAGGAUACCGGGAUAACAGUAAUAGGUACCACAGUAUAUCUCAUUAUCUUCACAAUAGUUGCCCAUUCAAUCAGGUACAGCAAAAUCAAACCAAAAACAGAACGUUAUAAAACCUACCAAAACAGAAAACUGAAUAGAGCAAAACAAUUAGAACAAAGCAAAACAGUAUUUGCCUUCAAAGAGAAUAUGGAAGGAAAUCCCCCAUAUUUGCUGUAUUGCAUACAGUCAACCUCCCAAAAGAUGCUCAAAUCUCUGGCCCCCCAGUUGCUAAGGGGAGGGGAAUGUGUGAUUCUCAGCCUGUGAGCCAGUAGGCUCAUGAGAGAUGCUAACUGGUUCUUGUCCUGGCUCGCCCACAGCUCACUCCAGCCUCAGCCACUUAAUAGGAAGCUGAACUUGGUGUUCUUGCUCAGCUCCAUAAGUUCUAACAUGGCUGGAUCUCAGAGAGAUGCUGACUGGUUCUCUUGGCUCAUGUCACAGCUGCUUACAAGGAAGGAGGGCAUGUUGCUUUCUUGCUCAGCACCCUCCCACUUUGUUAUUUUAAUGUGUCUCCUAGAUACAUUCUUAUAUAAUACUGACUUCUGCAGUAACAUUUCAAUAAGACAAUUUGUGUAAUAAUGGAAAAGGAAUUGAGUAAUGAGCAAAACUGGUUUUUUGGGGUUUUUUUUGUUUUUUGCCUUAUUGGGAACGUAUACUGAAGAGUAUAGAAAAUAAAUAAUUACAGUGUGAUAGUGGUCAAUUAUAUGAAACAUAAUGUGCCGAGAUAAGAGAAUAAAGAUGUGAAUUUUUGGUAGUCUUUUUUGAGGGCAUUGCUCUUUGAAUAUGGAGCACAAUGAAGUGAAUAUGUAAGAUAUUAUGAAGAUCAGAAAGAAGAACAUUCCAGAAGGAGAAAAUUCUAAGUUUGAAGACUCUGAGGUUAGAAAUGAGCUCAGAUGGUUUAUGCAGUAAAGCCAUCAGUGGCUAAGGUAGACUGUGGAAGAGAGAGAUAAGGUCAGCAAAUUAGCCAGGGCCCCAAAUCAUGUAGGCCUUGUAAACCACCAUGGAGAAUUUAAAUUAGUUCUGAAUGUGGAGACUCCUGAGCAGGGGGUAAAAGGGUUAGGGUGAGUAUAAAAUUGCCCCGGUUUGCUCCUGCUUGUGGACAGAGAAUGAUGUGCAUGAGAACAAACAUGAAAAUGGGAACUAGUUUUAAGGCUAUUGCAGACUUUACUCGCUUCUUAAUUAAUGUUACAGGAGUGAAAAUAAUAGUAAACCCAGGCCUGGUGGUACUGCUGGAGUCAGGCAGUAUUGCCAUGGAUGCCAUCCUGGGCUACAUAGUGAGUUCAAGGCAGCUUGCACUACACAGUGAGAACCUGUCUCAAAAAAUCUGAAAGCAAAACCUGUGCUUUCUCAUUUGCCCAUGAAGUGGGCAAGUCAGUCAAGUUGGGGUGGCAUGUCUACCCAGACUGCAUCCACCAUGUUGAAGGUUUCCUUUAAGAUCAUGCUGAUUUUGGACCUGCAGCUGCUUUAUAAAGUACUCAGUGUUCCUGAAAUUACACUUUUUCACAGCAGUCUUACAGUUUGCAGCAGAAGUGACAUAGGAAUAAAUCUUGCACAGACUGCCGGAAAGCAUGGUUGAGAAUUGCAAAUUAUCACUAGAGAUCAUGUUGGAAGUUGCUAAUAUUUGUUACUAGAACAUACAGUUAAUUUUGGUUAUAAAGUACAAGAAGGCAUUUAAUAUACAAUGAAAACACCAAAUUCAAUGAAACAGUGAAAAGUGAUUCAUGUCUCCUCUUCUUGUUCAUAUUUUUCAUGCAAAGAGAAAGUGGUAAUGAAUGGACAGUACUACCACCACAGAAAGUCAUAUAUGGUGGUUGACUGCUACUUCACAAGUAAGGAGUUCACUUGUGGCAAAUAGAUUAUGCAACUAUUUUUUACCUGGGAGAUAAUUCUGAUACUUUUUUCUGAGUACAUUUGAGAAAUUAAAAUUUCCUAUGUGUUACAUAAUUGAGUUAAAAAACAAAAGGAUUGCCAGGUGUAUGUAUGCCUGUAAUUUCCAGUACUUGCGAGACUGAGACAGGAGGAUCACUGUGAGUCUGAAGCCAUUGUGGGCUACAAAGUGAAUUCAAGGCCAGUCUGAACUACAUAGUGAAAAACUGUCUAAAAAGCAAAAAAAAAAAAAAAAGAAAGAAAGAUUGAUUGUGGAUCAUAGAUGAUAGUUUGCUUAAUAGCAUUUUAGAGACUCAUAUAGUUUGAUUCUUAAAUAUACAUUUUAUAAUACAUGUGCUAGACUUAUCAAUUAAUACUUAAUUCUCUUUAUCAUUUUUUUUUUCAGUACCAGGAAUUGAAUUCAGGACCUUGUGCUUGCCAUGCAGGCUCUUGUGCCACUGAGCUAUAUCCUUGGCCCCUCUUUAUCAUUUAUAAUUGAAGUUUUCAAACAGUAUGACAUACAAAUUUUAAUUCAGUAUCAAAGAACCAGAAAUUUAAUUUCUUGAUCUAACCAUUAUGUGCACAAACUAAUGUCACGUAUCAAAUUGCUUUAACAGGGCUAGGGAUUUAGCUCAGUGGCCUAAGCGCCUGCCUGCAAGUGUGUGGUCGUGAGUUUGAUCCCCAGUGCCAAAAAAAAACCAAAUGCUUUUUAACAGUGUUCAUGUAGAAUUUGUCAUGGUGGGAGUUAGUCAGUACAGUAGAAGCUUCCUUUACUGAGAUACGCAUUUUUUUAGAGCUAUGCAUCUCUUUAUCAGUUUCUUAAUGCAACAUUUUUAUGACAAAACCCUAAGAAGUGACUUUUUGAAGAUUUUCUGACUAGCAUUCUGAAAGAAUAUUGUUACAGUGAAGAUCUGAAAUUCACCACAAAGCUUACAAAAAUAUCGAUCAGAAAUGCUGAUGAAUAAUAUUUAUUGAAGACCUGAUUAUUGAGGAAGUGCUAACAUGAGUCACCCAAGUGCAUGACAAAUCAGGAAAGGGAAGAUAGGAAAGCUUAGAUAGCCAGGCUUUGACAAAAAGGAAUGAGUGACAAAAACAACAGUGAAAAGUAACAGAAAACUCACAAAAUGUCACAGAAUGCCAACAGAUUGCACAGAACCAUAAAGGGGAUAGCAAAAUGAUAUCUGUAACAAAAGAUUUUAUUUGUGUUUAUAGAGGGAAUCAAUAUCUGUGCACAGUUUGAAAGGUGACUUGAAGGCCUGUAGUGAUUCAGAAUCAGUGUGUGACCUACUCUAUUAUAAAUGGUUAACUUCAGAGCGUGAGUUUUGGGUAAUUCUUUUUAGAGCUGGAUAUGUAGACAUUCAAUAAAUAAUUCCGAGUUUAUUCAUGAAAAACAAGCAAACAAAAACAGCCAGGCAUGGUGGCACAUGCCUAUAAUCCCAGCAUUAGGGAAGUUGAGGCUGGAGGAUUGCUAUGAGUUUAAAGCCAGCCCAGGCCACUUAGUGAAUUUAUUUGUGUUGUUUUGUCUUGUUUUUCUUUUUGAGACAGGAUCUCACUAUGCAGUUCAGGAUAGCCUUGAGCUCACUUUGUAGCCCAGGCUCGUCUGGAACCCACAGUGAUCCUCCCACCUCAGCCUUCCAAGUGCUGAGAUUACCACCCUGCCCAGCCACAUAGUGAAUUUAAGAUCAGCCUGAAAUGCACAGCAAAAAUGCACACCCUGUCUCAAAAAAUCAAAAUCAGCUGUGUGUGCUCAUACAUACGUGUAGUUCUAGCAUUUAGGAGGCUGAGGCAGAAGGAUCACUGUCAAAUUCAAGACAAGCCUGGGCUACAUAGUGAGUUCAGUACCAGCCUGUACUACAUAGUGAGACUCUGUAUCAAAACAAACAAAAACAGCAGAGUAAGUCUUUCUCACAGAGGAAUUUGGAGCCAAAGUAGUAUUGAGGAUCUCUGAGAGAGCUCACCCUGAAGCUUGUUAAAUUCUACCAAAUACAAAGAAAUUACAUUCCAAGUAAGAGAAAGCAUGGUGAGACCCCUCACUUCAUAAUUUUAUCAUUUAAAAGCUAGAAACAGCCUGAGGCACUCUAGGUUAUCACUUAUAGAAGGCUAGUAUCAGAAGAGUUAAGAGAAAUCUUUUCCAGAGCAUUGUUGGAAGACCCAAGGUUGGAUAAGAGUGAUGAAAGAGAUAUCUGAGGCACAGAAAUCAAAGAACUUAUGGAAGACCAAAGAGAACUCCUUAUAGACCCCAAAAUCAAAAGGCCAGGUGGUAGAUCAGAGAGAGGCUUUCUGACAGUUUUAAGGAUGAAGACCAGCUGUGAAGCAUAGGCAACUUUCUGGUUUCUGACCGAUGCUCACCGAAUUCCAUACCCUGCUAUGGAGAAAGACAUAUUGUACCCUCAAGGCCUUUGAAACCAAUGCACUACUGAGUCAGACUGGAACUUCAGAAAAGUUCAAACAUCUCGUAAGAACUAUGACUUGACAAGAGAAAUAGCAUGUGCCUUUUUUUUUUUUUUUUUUUAAGACAGGGUCUUGCUGUAUAGUUGAGGAGGUUUUUCAACUCACUGUAUAGCCCAAGUUGGCCUCAAACUCCUGGCAAUCUUCCUACCUCAGCCUCCCAAGUGCUGGGAUUAUAGGCUUGUGCCACUACACUCAGCAGCAUAUGCCAUUCUAGAAGUAAAUGUUUUCUGCUUCAGUCUUCAGUGUUUUGCUUUAAAUGUAAGAUACCUAGAAUACAAUAAAUAAAUGAAAACACACAUAUGAGAGAACAAUGUUAGCAGAUCUAUUAGAUGCUGAUGAUGUCAGAUUGGUUCAGUAAGAUAAGAAUGCUGAAUUAUCUCCUAGAAAUUGAAUAGUACAUAUGGAAUGGAAAUUUUCUUAGGAUCCUGAGUUAAAAAAAAAAAAAGUCCAAAGGAUAAUGAGGACAGAGAUACAAGAAAGAAAACCACAAACCAUAAUCCUUUAUAAACAAACAUGUAAAAAUCUUCAACACAAUACUAGAAAACUAAAUGUAACAACAUCACAUUAUAAAAAUUGUGCUUUUAUAUUACAGUGUGAUAUUUAUCCCAGGGAUGUAAGGGUAGUUUGGCAAAUUCGUUGAUACAAUAUACUAGUAAGAGAAGAAAGGAAAAAUACCAUGCCAUGCAGUCAUCUCAAAGAGCAUUUGGACAGGGAGAGUACAUCUCCCAACAACAAAAACAGUGUAGUAUAGGCAUAAAGAGACCAGUGGCAUGAAAUAGCCUAGAAAUAAUCCCUCACAUGUACUGUAAAUGGUCAGAUGGUUUUUCCCCACUUAACAGAAGAAGGACAGUUUUCUCCACAAACCAGUCUUGAGAAACUGCAUAUCUACAUGCAAAAGGAUGAAAUUGAACCCUUAGUGUACACUACUUACUCUGUAGGUUUGGUCUAAAUGAUUAAUGUUGCUCAAGGUACAGAAUCAGCAUUUAUUUGCAUUGUUCACAGCAAGUCAGACGGCCUUGCAAAAUUGUUGAUUUAAAUACUUAUCCAACACCCUCACCCAAGUUUGUUCAUAAUAUAUUCCAUUGUUUUUUAACUCUUCAGGUACUUAAGUUUAGAGGACUAUUUGCUGAUCUUUGUUGUCAUUUUCUUGUUUGUUUGUUUUUUUUUUUGAGACAGGAUCUCACCGUAUAAUUCAGGCUGGCCUUGAACUUAACUGUAUAGUCCAGGCUGGCCUCAAAUUCAGACCCAUCAUCAUGCCUCAACCUCCAAAAUGCUAGAAUUAAAGGCGUAUGUUGUCAUACUUAGCGAUGUUGUCACUUUUGAAGUAACAUUUUGUAUAUCAAUAAUAUAUGAUACAGAUAAAAUAGUCUAUAAGUUUCUGAAAUUCAUGGAUAAUGAAUUGGGUGUUUUUUUUUUUCUUGUUUUUUUUUUUUUUUUUUUUU